AUGGCAAAAGCCCUGCGGCCCCAGGCGAGGCCCGACGCCCGCCCUCGCGCCCCCUCCCGCCCCCGGCCCCGCCCCCCCAGCCCCGGCUCCCUCCCUCGCCCGGGCAGCGCCGCUGCGGCUGCGCGCGCCCAGCCGCACUCGGCGGGGCGGGGCCCGGCGGGGCCCCGGCGCCUGCGCGGCGGGCGGGACGCGGGGGGCCGGAGAGCGGCCGCGGGGAGAGCGGCGGCAUGGCGGAAGCGAGGGCGGGGCGCAGGUGCACUGAAUCUCAGUCCUGAUGCCCCUGACUCCCUUUCAGGAGAAAGACAAUCUACAGAUGUAAACUGGGUAAAUAAAGAUAGGAAAGAAUCUAACAGUAAUCAGAGUAGAAGUGGUUUACCAUUUUCUAGUCUGUCUGAAAGAGCUACGGAUUAUGAAAACUCUUCCACAAAGCAUUGUGGUGUUUUUAAUCCUGAAAGUCAGUAUGGGAAUUCUCAAGACUUUCACCAAUAUUUUGGUACCACUAAAAGUUCAAAAAAUCGAUACUAUCAAAGCCAGAGGUGGCACAGAUCAAGAAAUGAUAGCACAUGUGCUAGAAAUAAGGUCAGACAAAGUACUACUGAUAAUGCUGCAAGUCCAGGAACUUCAGAUGCUGCAAUGGUACAUGGAAGAAGAGCACCUCCUAGAGGAUAUAAUGACCUCCUCUCUUCAGAGAGUGACAGGGAAGUACCUAAUGCAGAUAGCAGAGGAGCAAAGCCAAAGAAAACGCACUUGAUGCACGCAUCUGGAAGAGGUUUCAGGGAGAAGGGAAGGCAAGUACAUGAGCGAGAAAAGAGAAUAAACUCUAAACAGAAAGUAGAGCUGUUUGAAAAUGUCCCAUCGUUGGAUUUGAGUCAGUCUGACUCUUCAGAAUCAUCUGUUGGAAAGGCAUUCUGUGAGGCACCAAACGGUAGUGGGGAUGAACAGAAAGGUUACAAUUAUGUAAACAAAAGAUAUCCCCGGAAGCCUGUGUGGAAUAAACCCCCAAUGGAAAAAGAGUGUCAGAGAAGACAUGAUUCUCAUCGUAGUAAAAAUACAAAAGUAAGUAAGAAGUCUUCACAUGCAUAUACUCCAAAAGAUAAAAAUGAGAGGAAGAAAGAACUCUCUGUUUGCAAAAAUGAUGAAAACUUGACCAGUGAGAGCAAGCAUGAAUUGUCUGACUCUGUAAGAUGUAAUGGAAGAAAGUUCCUGCUGAAGGGGGAUCAGGUAUCUUCCCUUCAUUUCAGCUGGACCCAGUACUGGAAGAAGCAAAGUGAUAUACCAAAAAACAAGGAAACUCAUACAGGGUCCUUGAUUGAGCAGCUGACCACAGAGAAGUAUGAGUGUAUGGUAUGUUGCGAGGUAGUGCGAAUAGUAGCCCCUGUGUGGAGCUGCCAAAAUUGUUACCAUGUAUUCCACCUGAAUUGCAUUAAGAAAUGGGCAAGAUCACCGGCUUCUCAAGCAGAAGAUGGUAAUAGCGGUUGGAGAUGUCCAGCUUGUCAGAAUGCUUCUACACAAGUUCCUAGAAUUUACACUUGUUUCUGUGGUAAGGUACACAAUCCCGAAUGGAAUAGAAAUGAAAUUCCUCAUAGCUGUGGGGAGCUUUGUGGAAAGAAGAGACAGAGUUUGGACUGUCCACAUCUUUGUAACAUCUUGUGCCAUCCAGGACCUUGUCCUUCAUGCCCAGCCUUUGUGACAAAAACAUGUGAAUGUGGACAAACAAGUCAUUCAGUUCGUUGUGGCCAGUCAACAAAAAUUCAUUGUUCUAACGUAUGUGGAAAUACUUUAAAUUGUGGUAAGCACAGCUGUACCCAGGUGUGCCAUGCAGGAAAAUGUUCGCCUUGCCAGCUAACAGUACAGCAAGUGUGUUACUGUGGAAGCAACUUUAAAGAAGUAUUGUGUGGGACAAAGGAAGAAUUCUCUGAUGGAUUCGGGAAUUUCUCAUGCCAGAAUACAUGUGGCAAAAAAUUAAAUUGUGGGAGGCACAACUGUACACAAAUAUGCCAUCCUCAGCCUUGCCAGCUCUGUCCACGACUUCCACAAGUAGUGUAUCGCUGUCCCUGUGGUCAGACUCCUCUCAGCAAGUUACUGGAACUAGGAUGUGUUGAACGUAAAAUAUGCACAGAUCCUAUCCCGUCAUGUGGAAAAACAUGUGGCAAACCUCUUUCUUGUGGUAGCUAUGAGUUCGUUCAUACAUGUGAAAGCCUUUGCCAUGAAGGAGAGUGUAAACCAUGUUCUCAAACAUCAAAUAUUUAUUGUAGGUGUGGCUUCAAAAAAAAGGAAGUCCCAUGUGCUCUGCUCAGGAAUAAAGCUGCAAUUACAUUCAUGUGCGACAAGCGAUGCAACAAAAAAAGAUCAUGUGGACGGCACAAGUGUAAUGAAGUUUGCUGUGUGGACACGGAACAUAAGUGUUCUUUGGUUUGUGGUCGCAAACUCAACUGUGGGCUUCAUAGAUGUGAAGAACCUUGUCAUCGGGGCAGUUGUCAAACCUGCUGGCAAACAAGUUUUGAUGAGUUAACUUGUUACUGUGGUGAAUCAGUGAUUUACCCCCCUGUCCCCUGUGGCACUCAGCCACCAGAGUGUAAGAAAACAUGCACCAGGCCACAUGACUGUAAUCAUCCAGUGUACCAUUCAUGUCAUAGUGAGGAGAAGUGUCCACCCUGUACCUACCUGACUCAGAAAUGGUGUAUGGGCAAGCAUGAACUGCGAAGUAAUAUUCCAUGUCAUCUCACUGAUAUUUCCUGUGGACUUCGCUGCAAUCAAAUGUUAAAAUGUGGAAUGCACAAAUGUAAAAGAAUCUGUCAUAAAGGAGAAUGUCUUAUAGAUGAAGAGUGUAAACAACCUUGUGUUAUUCCAAGGCUAUAUUGUAAUCAUCCCUGUAUGGCUCCAUGUCAUCCUUCUUCACCCUGCCCGACAACAUCCUGCUGUGCAAAGGUUGAUCUUCACUGUGAAUGUGGAAGAAGAAAGGAGAGUAUGAUUUGCUCAGAAGCAUCUAAUACAUAUCAAAGAAUAGCUGCUAUAUCUAUAGCCACUAAGUUAACAGAUCUACAGCUUGGAGAUUCAGUGGAAAUCAGUAGGCUUAUUACGAAAAAAGAAAUGAAGCAGGCCAGGUUGCAAUGUGAUGAAGAAUGUUUAGCUCUUCAGAGGAACAGGCGUCUUGCUGAGGCUCUUGAAAUAGAUGAUAAUUCUGACCCUUUCAACAUCCGUUCUUCUGGACCAAAGUAUAGUGACCUUUUAAAAGAAGAUGCAAGGAAGGAUUUAAAAUUUGUCAGUGAUGUUGAGAAGGAGAUGAGAAUGCUUGUGGAAGCUGUGAAUAAGGGCAAGCAUACAAAGAAGAGUCAUUGUUACCCACCAAUGAACAGGGAUCAUCGCAGAAUCAUCCAUGAAUUAGCUCAGGUGUAUGGCAUUGAAAGUGUGAGCUAUGACAACGAACCAAAGCGUAACGUUGUUAUCACUGCAGUGAAAGGGAAAUCCAUUUGUCCAAGCAAUACUUUAACUUCUGUGCUAGAUAAAGAAAUGCAGAACAGGCCUCCACCGCCUAUUCCCCAUUACAAACAAACAGAUAAGAGCAGUGGAAGCAGUGGUUUAUCCAAACCAUUAAAAGAAGAGCCAGUAAUUGACUACUUUGAUGUCCAAGACUGAAAUGGUUGAUGUAGAAUUAUGAUACAGAAGCUUACAGGUGAAGAUAUUAAAUUAUUGUGCAAGGCACUUUUUGGUUAUCUGUCAAAUGAUCAGUUGUGCAGCAUGUUCAUGGUUUAACAUCUAAAGUUAGAUUGUGAUACUUUACAGUUUACAUCACUGCAUACUUAACAGUAGUAUAAUUUUUUCAACCUGUGUUUGCUGCAUUUUUUUAUCUAAUAUGCUGUCAGAAUGAUGUAAAUUUCCAUCAAUGCCUUUAAAGUGAGAGAACUGAUAAUCAAAUAGAUUCUGUUGAGUAGUGAGAACAAAAAUGAAUCUUAAAGAUUUACUUCAACAUAUCUCACACAAUUUAAACUAAACCAGGAAUAAUCUUUGUUAAAAGCACUAAAGGGAAUAUUCUUAAAGCAUUUUCAUAUUUUUAUUAAUUUGUAUCCAUGUUAAGGUGGUAAAUUUGGGAAUUUUAGUUACUCCUUUGCAUGGAAGGAAAUACAAAAUUUAGUCAGUCUUGAAGUACAAGUAUAUGCUCUAAAUGCCACUUAAGAGCACAGGUUCCUUUUAUAUCUGAAGAACCGGUAUUUGGGGAAGGUGGGAAAUUAAGGCUUAUUUUGCUUUACCUCAAAUUUAACGUUAAAAAAAAAAAAAAAAAAAAGACAAUUAUUGAUGUUAUUCAAGACCUUGAACAAGAUAAGCUCUUAUAUAUUAUUUUGGUGUUCUAUUUGAUUUAGUUUUUAUUUAGAUAUGUUAGCUUGAUGGUUGUGGGUUUUUUGCAUGGUUUUUGUUAAUGGUUUAUUACCUUUUUCUGUACUGUGCAAGCUUAAGGGAAUGUGUGAA